GUUUGUUUUCCCUUUCAGCCGGUGUCAGACGCUCAGUGACAGCCGACCAGGUCGUUGUUAAAGACUUUCACACAAAACCUCUCCAUACAACGAAAAUGACUAAUAAGACCAAGCUCACGAAGGAAGAGGAGUUGCUCUUGCAAGAUUUCAGUCGCAAUGUGUCCAAAAAGAGUUUAAUUAUCUUCCACUUCAACGCUUUGAUCGUCUCUGCCAUACCGAUAUGGCUGUAUUGGCGCAUACAUAUGAUGGAACCUCUGUCAUCUGCUGUCCUCUUCGUACUUGUAACUGCAAUUGCUACAUAUUUAGUUGCUAUGGCAUACAUGAACACCAAGUUUGUCUUGAAGCAUAAGGUUGCUCAAAAAGUGGAAGAAGCUGUAUCUCGUGAAGUGAUGAGGAAGCUUCAGAACAACAAGAGCAUGAGCAAGAAGGAAAAGGACGAGAGGAUCUUGUGGAAAAAGAAUGAAGUGGCAGAGUCUGAGGCAACCACAUUCUCCCUCUUCUACAACAACGCUUUGUUCUUAAUGCUGGUUGUGGUCGGAUCCUUCCUGGUCUUCAGAUCUCUGGCACCUGCCUACAAUUAUGUCUUCAGUACCCUUGGGGCUGCAGGAAUCAUUGCCCUCUUCUCCACCAGCAGCCAGUAAUACUUAUAUUUAGUAACUUGGAAGUUACUGUUUCCUUACAGGAAUUAUUUAUGGGGUUAAUUGUGGGAAAAAAAUAGUAGAAUUCGGUACGGAACUUCUCCGUAUUAUCAUUAAGGGAGUACAAAUUUGUAGUACUGUUAUCCAUGCUCUUU